GAUUUGGAGGAGGAAUUAGGGCGGUGUGCCUUUCGGAUCCUGGGCCUCCAGCUUCGUUCACUGUGCCUGCGGAGCAGAAAGGCAUUUCUUCUUUCUAAUUCGCACCCCGUUCGGCUGACAGCCGCGCUUCUGGUUAACGUCGACACUGAGGAAGGGUCCAGCAGCGAAAACAAGGCGGAGCCCGUGUUUCGAGAGGAGCCCCAAGCCACCCAGCUCGGUGCCGUUAGAUAGCGGCUCCCCCGCCCCUGCCCGUAGCAACACACAGCCGGGGUGAUGUUGGCCCUUUUCAGUAAGCUGCUGGACUGGUUCAGGUCCCUGUUCUGGAAGGAGGAGAUGGAGCUGACACUGGUGGGGUUGCAGUAUUCGGGGAAGACGACGUUUGUCAAUGUGAUAGCGUCUGGGCAGUUCAGUGAAGACAUGAUACCAACUGUUGGAUUCAACAUGAGAAAAAUCACUAAAGGAAAUGUCACCAUCAAGCUUUGGGAUAUUGGUGGGCAGCCUCGAUUUAGAAGCAUGUGGGAACGAUACUGCAGAGGUGUCAGUGCAAUUGUGUACAUGGUAGAUGCUGCAGACCAUGAGAAGACAGAAGCUUCAAAGAAUGAAUUGCAUAAUUUAUUAGAAAAACCACAGUUGCAGGGCAUCCCAGUGUUAGUCCUGGGGAACAAACGAGACCUGCCCAACGCACUGGAUGAAAAAGAGCUGAUUGAAAAAAUGAACCUGUCUGCUAUUCAGGAUCGAGAAAUCUGCUGCUAUUCCAUCUCCUGCAAGGAAAAGGAUAACAUAGAUAUAACACUACAGUGGCUCAUUCAGCACUCAAAGACCAAACACAGUUGAGGACAAGGAUGGUGGUUUCUUGCUCCUACCCAGGACCUGCCAUGUUUAACUUCGACCUCCUUCCCUAAAGAAAUGAUUUGAAAAGGUGUCCAACAAGAGGUCAAAUGUUUUUAUCAUGACAGAGUGUACAAUAUUAUUUUGCACUUUUUUAUGUUUUUAUAUAAUUAAGCCAGUUACUAAAUUUGACCUUGUGAAGCUUAGUACUUUACCCACUGUCAAUAUGAAUGGGGUUUUGUUAUAUAUAAAUGGGACUUUUUUUAUUUUUAAUAUGCAUGCUUACCAAGUCCCAAUGUAGGAUGAAAUUUCUUCUCCCAGAAUGCCAUUACUGAAUCACAUUUACAUUUCAUGGUAUCAACUAAGCAUGCUCAGGGGAUUUGUGGUGUGGCUCUGUUCCAACAUUUGAGUAAACAUCUUUUUCAUUUCACCACAUAAUGUCCUUGGCCUUUGUUUUGACCUCAAAGAUAAUUUGGUGUAGGUUGGACCUGCUUAUUAAAGUAUAAAAUUUAUAUAUAUAUAUAAAGAGUGCAGGCCGUCUAUAGUGAAGCCAUAUGUUUAAUUACAAAACAUUAUAAUAAGAGGCUAUAAAUUGAAUGUCUGUUACCGGUAAAUGAUGGAGUGUGGUGUGGUCAUUGUUGUAACCUGGCAUACAAAUUAAGAUGGUGAAAGCUUUAUUGAUUCACCUCAACAAUUCUCCAAUAGUCCAAUGUUAGAAUACGGAAUAACCAGAUUAUCAGUCAGUGGCAUUAAGUAUGUACUCAACAAAGAGUUGAUAUAAAUCAUGGCUGUUUACAAGAUUGACAUAUCCAAUGGAGAAGAUUAUUAUGGAAAGAAAUUCAGGUGUAUCGGAUUGAUUUUUAUUGUUCAACUGUAUCUCAAGCCUUGAAGUCGCAGGUAGUUUUUUUUUUGUUUCUAGGUACUAAGAAUUUCUGCCUCUGGUUGUUUUUGUCUCCCCACUUUGGAUUCUAUUGAUUCAGUCAGAUUUGAAUAUAUGGUGGAGAGUACCACAGGUGGCCAUAUUAUGACUUUUAUUUAUCUCUUGCAACUGAAAAAAAAAUAAAUUCACAGUAUACUUAGUUACAUUAGCCUGUGUUGAAGUUGAUUGUGCCUAUUCCAGCAAUGACAAAGAUUAACCACACUGAAAAAUUAUAGAAUUUGGGAUCUUUGUAAUUAGUUAUAUAAAAUUGGCACAACUGCCUCAUACAUACUAUCACUAAUACAGUGAUGAGGUUUAAAUUGCUUUUUAUGGAUAUAUACAGUAGUAGUGGUCAUGCUUAGCAGCUUAAACUUGAUUUGAAAACUUGAUUCUUUUAUGCCACAAUUUUUUUAAAGAAACUCCAUCAAAGGAUAGCAACUACUCAGGAUGAGGAAUGAGACAAGCUAUUAACAUUCAUAUUUAAUGUUUAAUUUUUGCCUGCAAAUGUCCUUAAGUAUUUGAACUGCUGCUCUUUUAAUAGCACAUCCCUAUUGUUGCACAUUGAAGUAUUUUUACUUUUGACAGAUAACGUAAAAAGUGAUCAGCUUUUUGUUUUUGUUGUCACUUGCCUUUUAAUAAGUUUACAAUCUGUUCUCAAUUGCGGUUUUGUACAUGAAAAGUUAAGCCAAAUUGUUGGAAUUUUUAAAACAUACAGAUUUGUGAUAAAUAUCGUACUAGAUAGUAAUUUGCUUAAAUACAGGUACUUGCCGCAAAAGCUAAUAAUUAGCAGUCUCUGCUAUUGUGCAUGGAGAAUGAAGGACUAAUAGCUUGUGUGUUUUACUUGAACUAUAACUGGUUUUAAGUGAAUCCUUUAUCCUCCAAUUUUAAGAAACAAAUAACAUGGAUACAAACUGUAUAAUAACAGCUUGUUGACUUGGACAGUCAGCUUAUCAGAUAAUUGUCCUGCGGGUGAUUAAUGUACUGUUGCUUUUGUCAUUUGAAGCUAGCGCUGUAAUAAAUACAUCCAUACA